AUGGCAUCCCUCUUACCCGCCGAGAUGCCAGCCACGGGCGCCACGGUGAGCGCACCGGCAGCGCCUGCUCAAAGCGACUCGGACAAUCGCGUUCCGGCGCCCGAGUCUCGCCCGACGCACACACACGAGGGCCAUGACACGGCUAGCACUGCAUUAGAAAGCUCCCAUCCACAACUCUCAUCGACAUCUUCAGAUACAUCGGACACGGCCAAUGAGACACUUGCACGCGAAAAGCAAAGCAUGGACGAGAAGCACUCCACAAAACGCUCCAAAAAGAGCCUAGAAAAGUCUAAACAAACAGAGACGAAAGUCGACAUCGACUCACUCGAAUCGCUUCCGCCCAACCAGCGUACUGUCAUCUCAGCACAGCUCAACGGUACUUCUAUGCGUACCAAGGAUGGCAGACCGGGCUACUUUGACGUUCUUGCAACCGCGACGCGUGGCGAGUGGGCGCUCAUGUUCCUCGGCAUUGUCGCCGCUGUCGUUGCCGGCUCUUUGCAGCCUUUGCAGACGCUCAUCUUCGGCAACUUGACUCAAGUAUUUGUGAACUACAGUCUAGCCUUAGCAAGCGGUGAAAAUACAGAGGCAGCGAAAUCGCAGCUAUUCUCGAUCGUCAGUCGCGAUGCUGGCAUCCUUGUCGGCAUCGGUGCAGCUGCGGGCAUCACUACAUUCAUCUAUUCCGCGACAUUCGUUUACACAGGAGAGGCGAUCACUCAGCGCAUUCGAGAGGCCUACUUGCGCAGUGUACUCAGACAAAACGUCGCCUACUUUGAUAGCGUUGGAGCUGGCGAGGUCACCACGCGCAUCGCGUCAGAUACGCACAGUAUCUACGAAGGCAUCAGCGAGAAGCUGCCAGUGACCGUGCAAUUCUUGUCUACCUUCGUUGCCGCUUUCAUUAUCGCUUACAUCAGAAGUUGGAAGCUCGCAUUGGCACUAACGGCCAUCGUACCGGUCAUCAUGAUAUCUGGCGGUAUCAUGGUCUCCCUGCAGUCUAAGUACAAGGCCGAGAUAUCUGAUCGCGUCGGUGAGGGAGGCACGCUGGCAGAGGAAGCACUCUCGACCGCGCGUACUGCUAUUGCCUUUAAUGCUCAGACUCGUCUUGUCGACAUGUAUGACAAGAUCAGUCAACGUGCAGCUGGACUUGGCGUCAAGUCUGCAAAGAUCUUUGCAUUCGGCCUCGGCGUUAUUUACUGGUCUAUCUAUGCAGCAUACGGUCUUGCAUUCUACUUCGGAAUGCUACUCGUACGUACAGGCGAUACUUCGGCAGGUAUCGUCAUCACUGUCACGUUCGCACUGUUGCUCGGCACAUUUUCGCUCGUUUCGAUCUCGCCGAAUAUGCAAGCCUUUUCGGCUGCCGACGGUGCAGCAGCUAAGCUCUUCGAGACCAUCUAUCGUCUACCCUCAAUCGAUUCGGGUAGCUCAAAAGGUCGCAAGCUCGACAAAGUCAUAGGAGAGAUCAGCUUUCACAACAUUGACUUCUGGUACCCUGCCCGCCCGAAACAACAGAUCCUUCACAACUUCAAUCUCAUCGCACAGCCAGGUCAGAAGACAGCGCUUGUGGGCGCUUCUGGUUCAGGGAAGUCCACCAUCGUCGGUCUGCUCGAACGAUUCUAUGAUGUCGCCGAGCCAGGCGCGGUAAUGCUCGACGGUGUCAAUAUCAAGGACCUCAACGUGACUUGGCUGCGCAGUCAGAUCGGUUUGGUAUCGCAAGAGCCGACACUGUUCGCAAACACGGUCGCCGGAAAUGUCGAAUAUGGCCUCAUCAACAGCGAAUACGAAGAUCUGAGUGCAGAGAAGAAGCGUGAGCUAGUCAUCGAGGCUUGCAAGUCUGCCAACGCGCACGACUUUGUCAUGCUACUUCCCGAAGGCUAUGAAACGCGCAUCGGCGAACGAGGCAUGCUGCUUAGCGGAGGUCAGGCACAGCGUAUCGCCAUUGCUCGUGCAAUCAUUUGCAACCCAGCUAUCCUCAUCUUUGACGAAGCCACAUCAGCGCUCGAUGGCACUUCCGAGGCGGUCGUACAAGCAGCACUGGACAAUGUUUCGCAGUCUCGCACGACCAUCACAAUCGCUCAUCGUCUUUCCACAAUCAAGGACAGUCACAACAUCGUCGUUAUGAGCUCCGGUCGCAUCCUAGAGCAAGGCCGACACGCGGAGCUACUGCAACGUCAAAAUGGCGCAUAUGCGCGACUUGUGUCCGCACAACGAUUUAUGGAUGAUGCCGAGCCAUCUUCUGAUCCUGAAAAUGAAGAGGAGCAGCUGCUCGAGGAGGUCAAUGCUGUCAGACCGCAGCUACUGUCGACGCCUUCACGGCCUAGCUUGAGGCACAAGAUUUCACUCAAGCCAUCUCGAAGCAAUGACCCGAAUGAGCAAGAUCCCAAGUCUGCUCUACCGCUCAACAUCAAUGACUCACCAUCUCGCUACGGUAUCUACACGCUGUUUAAGCGCAUCGGACAGCUCAGCGAUCACGACGAAUGGAAGACUUACUGCUUGGGAACGCUCGGAGCUGCACUGGCCGGUCUAGUCUAUCCUGCUUAUUCGGUCAUCUUUGGCUUCGUCAUUGGUGCUUUCGGUGAUCCUACACCAGGUGCACUUGCUCAUGCAGGUCAGCUGUACGGUCUCAUAUCGCUCGGCUUAGCAAUCUUCGCCGCGAUCUCGAUCUGGAUGCAGAACUACUACCUUGCUGCAGCAGCAGAGCGCUUGUCGGCUCAGAUACGCAGACGAACACUCGAGGCCGAGCUCCGUCAAGACGUGUCCUUCUUUGACCUCGAAGUCAACUCGACUGGCGUGCUCGUCACCGCAGUUUCUGAUCGAGCUUCGAAAAUCAAUGGUAUGGCUGGUGUUACUCUGGGGGUCCUGGUGCAGUCUUUGGUCACCCUAUUGGCUGGCGUGGUCGUCGGCAUUGGCUUUGCACCGAAAAUUGGCGCAGUCGCUCUCGCGCUCGUUCCCUUCACCAUCGGCGCUGGCGUGGUACGCACAAAGGUGGUCGUCGAACGUGAUGCCAAGAUCAAGGUCGUCCACGAAGAAAGUGCUCAAAUAGCUUGCGAAGCUGCAGCCAGUCUUCGCACCGUCGCUGCUCUUACGAGAGAGGCUGACUGCGUGCGGAUCUAUUCCGAAGCUCUGCGCAAGCCUCAGGAGUACACCAAUCGUCAGUCUCUCAACUCCAAUAUUGUCUACGGUAUCAGUCAAGCGCUAUCGUACUUUGUCAUCGCGCUCAUAUUCUGGUACGGCUCGCAUCUCCUGGUCGACGACGGACUAUCUACCAGAAGCUUCUACGUCGCAUUCUCUGCUGUUGUGCUUGGCUCAGUUGGCAUCGGCAACACGCUCAGCUAUGCUCCCAGUGCCGCUGGCGCGAUCGGAGCAGCCCGGCAAACGCUAGCUCUGCUGGACAGCCGAGCCAGUAUCGCUUCUGACGAUACAACUGGCGAGAUCAUCGAGGCGCCCGUGGGCGGUCUGGAGGCUCGAGACGUCAAGUUUCGGUACGCAACAAGACCGCAUAUCCCCGUUCUCAAAGGCAUAGAUAUCGAAGUCAAACCCGGGCAGUUCAUCGCCCUUUGUGGAUCUUCAGGCUGUGGCAAGUCGACCUUGAUACAGCUGGCCGAGCGGUUCUACGACCCGAUCGAAGGCGUCAUUCGGUUCGAUGGUCGGCCCUUGCCAACGCUCAAUACGGGCGCGUAUCGAGAUCAGCUCGCGCUCGUUGCUCAGCAGCCCACGCUUUACAGCGGUACUGUCAAGUGGAAUAUCGUCAUGGGCGCGACGAAACCGGCAGAUCAGGUCACAGAUGAGGAGGUCUUCGAUGCUGCACGACAGUCUAACAUACACGAUUUCAUCAUGACGCUGCCAGAUGGCUACGAGACCGCCGUCGGCAGCAAAGGCGGUCAGCUCUCCGGUGGUCAAAAACAGCGAGUAUGCCUUGCUCGUGCGCUGAUACGCAAACCGAAACUACUAUUGCUCGAUGAAGCCACAAGUGCACUCGAUUCCGAGUCCGAGCGCGUCGUGCAAAAGGCUCUUGACGAAGCUGUCAAGUCUCGCUCGACUAUAGCGAUAGCUCAUCGACUGUCAUCCAUUCAGUCGGCAGACAUGAUCUAUGUUCUCAGAGAAGGCAAGGUGCUGGAAAAAGGCACUCAUACACAGCUACUGCAGAACCGCAAAUUGUACUUCGAACUCGUCAAUCAGCAAGAGCUCGAGAACCGCAAACACUAG